UAAAAAACAAUAUGGAGUAUAAGUAUCGAAAGGAUUUUUAUUAAUAUUUUUUUUAUUUUAAUUAUUCAGAAAUUAGAAGAUUGGGAUUGCCGGAUUGGCAUUGGUAUGUCACCAGUCACCAUAAUAUUGCACAUAAACCAUCCACGUGCUAGAUGAUACAUGCAUUAGCCCCAUGCACAAUCUACUAAGGACACGUCUUUGAUCUCACCCCAAACUUUUAUUAUUUCUUUCAUAUUUAUUUGGUUGAAUAAAUAACCAAUAUAACAAUUCUACUUAUAAAUUAAUAAGUGUACCCCUUAUGUCAAAUUUAGUGCCCAAAAAAAAAAAUCACAAAUUAAAGAGAUAGUGUAACAAACUUAUUUUGGAAAACAAAAAGAAUAACCUAGGAUUAAGAAAAAAUGCAAAUAAUAACACCACCACAACAUGGGGAAAGUAUGAGAGAAUCAAAAUCUCAAAUGAUGAGAAGUAUAUGUGAAAAAAAAGUGAGUGAUUUAGUGUUAGAAAAGAGGAGGCUAGUGGAGGUGCCCUACACAGCCACCCUAGCAGACACCAUGAACACCCUAGUGGCCAACCGUGUCAUGGCGGUGCCGGUAGCGGCACCGCCAGGACACUGGAUAGGGGCAGGUGGAUCAAUGAUAAUGGAGACUGAUAAACACACUGGGGCAGUAAGAAAACAUUACAUAGGUAUGGUAACUAUGUUGGAUAUAUUGGCUCAUCUUGCUGGCGAUGAUGCUGUUAAUGGUGGUGAUUCUACUAGUGAUGUUGAUAACAAGUUAAAUGUUACUGUUUCUACUAUUAUUGGUCAUUGUCUCGAGGGUUUGAGCUUGUGGACUCUCAAUCCUAAUACUAGUCUCCUAGAUUGCAUGGAAGUCUUCAGCAAGGGAAUCCACCGAGCAAUGGUACCACUAGACAGCCAUAUGGAUAACAUCUCAGGUGUAGAGCUCGUAGAGUCGUCAUCAUCUUACCGGAUGUUAACCCAAAUGGAUGUCAUUAAAUUCCUUAAAGCCCAUGGCCAACAAGAGUUGCGCGAUGCAUUGGCACGCACCGUGAGUAGCACAGGUGCCAUCACUGAUACUAUACUUGCUGUGACUCGUCGAACAAGAGCUAUGGAUGCCAUCAAGUGUUUGAGAAGUGCUGGUCUUCAAGCUGUGCCCAUAGUUGAGGCCCCUGAUAUUCCACCAGAAGGUCACAAACAGCUGAUUAAUGGAUAUGGCAGGAAACUCGUGGGGACCUUUUCAGCUACCGAUAUAAGAGGAUGCCCGGUUGAUUUGAUGAAGUCUUGGCUACCAUUGCAUGUAAGGGAAUUCAUGUCGAGAGUGUAUCAAAACCCUUCCCAUGGGGUACCAGACUUGGUGAACUCUCCCAAGUUGCUUGUGAGUUGUUAUGCUGAUUCCUCCUUAUUGGAAGUGAUCGACUUGGUCACGAGUAGACAUGUGCACAGGGUUUGGGUUGUCGAUGAAUUUGAGUAUGGUACGAUCCUUGGGGUCAUCUCGCUUACAGACAUAAUCCGAGCUGUUAGAGCUGCUCUUAUUUCGGCAACCUAGCUAGCACGAUGGUUCUGAAGUGUUUCUAACUGUGUAUCAAGUUUUUCAGACUUUGGCAAGGUUUUUUUUUUUUUUUGUCAUCUAUGUAUUCUAGUGUAACGUCUAAUGGUUAGUUUGAUGCUUAAAGUGUGCUUCUGUAAUGGUUAGUUUGUUGCUGAGAGUGUGCUUCUGUAAGGUGUUCAGGCCCGCAACAUUUUUCUUAAUUCUCGUGUUUGAUGUAACUUUAAAUGGGAGCUUGUUGCAAGGAUACUAAGUUAUGUUAGUGGUAUGUUCAUUUUUACAAGACCAUAUUUAACAACGCUAUAAUUGGGGUGAAUAAGGAAGAAUAUAUCUAUAACUGAAAUGUGAUUUGGAAUAACAAGAUAUUCUAAAAACGUGAACCACUCAAUAUCUAAAUAUGUAUAAUAACAUCGUUUUUGAUGAGUAUCUCCAAGAUCAAAACAUUUGUUGUCAUUGAUUUUUUUUUUUAGUUCACAUUGUUCGUCAUAAACUAUUGUUAUGCCUGGGUCGAGACACAAGGAAGCAACUUCCCAUGCCAUGGUAAGAGGUAACUAUAAAAGGCAUAUAU